AUGGAUUGGUACAACAAGAAGAAAAUGGGCACUGGAGCCCCAGCGUAUACCCCAUCGCCCUAUGGAAGCAUGGGCACCAGCAGCGGAAGCUUAUCCCCCACCGCUACCACCCUGGGUCCAAUGGAUAGAGACUCGUAUUACUUUUCACAACUUCCAUUAUAUUGUGCUGAUUGGACGUACCUAGGCUUGGAAGAUAAAGAGUGUGUGGCAUUGAGCUCCUAUAAAGAAGGUUUCAAUAACAAGCUUCAGAUUCUACACGGUUCAAAAUAUGGAAGCGAUUACACAAGGGGCAAUGGAAGUGAUCCCAGAAUUCUAGACGAAAAUAUCGACAGUGCCUCUCCUACUAGCUCGAGCCACGCUCAGUACCAAAAAUAUCAAGGGCUUCUGCCUAGGUACUAUGACGAUCCGAUUGUUGAAGGCUUCGACUUUCACAAUAUCGCUGAGGCAUCCGUGGAAUACCCGAUCACAAAUCUCCAGUGGGACCCCUCUAUGAAGAACACUGGUGAGAAAAGAGUAGCUGCAUCCCUGGAGGUUCUUCGUUUGUAUAAAGUUUCUAUGAAUUCUUAUGAGCAAGGAGAAUCGGAAUUGUUACAAACACAUAUAUUGGCCAAUAAUACCAGUGGGUCUUCUUCAACUUCGGGCAGUAGCAACAAUGCUUCAGUCACCAAAGGCUCGGGCGGUGAAGAUAUCAACACAUUCCCACCAGUUACUUCGUUUGACUGGAAUAAAACUGACCCCAAUAUAAUCAUCACAUCUUCAGUUGAUACCACAUGCACGGUGUGGGAUUUGCAUCGUUCACACACACUACUGAAGGUUGGCGACGAUACCAUUGACACCGCUACUGUUAUGACUCAAUUAAUAGCACACGAUUCCGAGGUUUUUGAUGUCAAAUUCAUCCAUAAUUCCUCCAAUAUCUUCGCAUCAGUGGGUAAUGACGGUUCAAUGAGAGUGUUCGACUUGAGGUCAUUGGAGCACUCCACUAUUAUAUAUGAACCAUCACUUCCGUUGGCAACCACUCCUUCUUCCAUUGGACCAGGCGCAUCUCUUGGAGCAAGUGCCAUGAAUGCCAAAGCUCUUUUGAAAUUGAGUACUUCUAACAUUGAUCAGCAUCAUUUAGCUACGAUCGGAAUUAAUUCGAAUCAAGUCAUCAUUAUAGAUAUGAGGAUGCCUGGAUUACCAGUGGCUACAUUGGAUGGGUCUUUGGGAGGGGUGAAUCAUGCCGCUAUCAAUAUGAUUAGAUGGCAUCCUAGUUCAAAUUAUGUUUUGACUGGAGGUGAUGAUUGUCAGGCAUUGGUCUGGGAUUGUAACAACGUUCAGCAAUCAAAAACAAAUGGUGAUUCAGGAAUUAUUAUUGAUACACCUGUGUUGGCUUACGAGGAAGAAUUAGAAGUGAAUAACAUUUGUUGGAGGCAGAAUACAGGAGAUUGGAUGGGUGUAGUUAGUGGGAAAGGCUUCCAAGCAGUUCAACUUUAG